AUGUUGAAGAUACCACUAUUAUGGAUUAUGAUUCAUGCAGUGGUUAUGUGUGCAAUAUCGUUGUCUUUUCUCGAUCCAACCUUAGCAGAUCACUUAGCAUCGUUCAAACUUACGCCAUCCAUUAUUGGCCUAAUGUUCUUACUAUCUGGUGGAAUUUAUACGAUAACAGCACCUUUCUGGAGUAUAAUCAUCGAUAAAUUUAACUGCAGCAAGGCAAUUAUAUUGUUUGGCAUUAUAGCAGUAGUGAUUAUGCUUUGUAUAUUCCGACUUUUCAAAUAUCGAUUGAUACACUAUGCGAAUACGGGUACGGUAAAUCGUUGCAAACGUAUGGCUGUAUAUCAGGUUUAUUUCAGUCUGCCUAUUCCUUCGGAUCAUUUUUGGACCAACAGUUGGCGGUCUUUGUGUCCAGUGGAUUGGUUUUCCGUGGACAACAACUAUCAUAGCUUUAUUAAAUAUUAUCUUUAUUAUUGCAAUUCUGUGUUUUUAUGCAAUAUAUGA